AUGGCCUCCGGCGAGUGUCCCGGGAAGGCCAGUCAGACCCGGGUGGACCACCUCCUCAGCGCCGUGGAGAGUGAGCUGCAGGCCGGCAGCGAGAAGGGAGACCCCACGGAGAAGGAACUCAGCGUGUCCCUGGAUGAGAAGGCGCUUUGGCAGAAAUUUAAAGAACUUGUAAAUGAAAUGAUAGUUACAAAGAAUGGCAGGCGCAUGUUUCCGGUGCUGAAAGUGAACGUGUCUGGAUUGGAUCCGAACGCCAUGUAUUCAAUUUUGUUGGACUUCGUAUCUGCGGACAACCACAGGUGGAAGUACGUGAACGGGGAGUGGGUACCCGGGGGGAAACCUGAACCCCAGACCCCCAGCUGCGUGUACAUCCACCCGGACUCUCCAAACUUCGGUGCACACUGGAUGAAAGCACCCGUCUCUUUUAGUAAAGUUAAACUCACCAAUAAAUUGAACGGAGGGGGUCAGAUAAUGUUGAAUUCCUUACACAAGUACGAGCCACGCAUCCAUAUAGUGCGGGUUGGAGGCCCGAGGAGAAUGAUCACGAGCCACGCUUUCCCAGAGACGCAGUUCAUUGCAGUAACGGCAUACCAAAACGAAGAGGUGACUGCUCUUAAAAUAAAGCACAACCCUUUUGCCAAGGCCUUCCUAGAUGCAAAGGAGAGAAGUGAUCACAAAGACAUCAGAGAAGAUUCCAAUGAAAACCAGCAGUCCACUUACUCUCAGUUAGGUGGUUGGUAUAUACCAGGCACAAACUCUCUCUGCCCUCCUGCCAGUCCUCACAGCCAGUUUGGGAGUCCCAUCUCUCUCUCACCAUCCCACGGCUGUGAGCGAUACUCCACCCUGAGGAACCACCGCUCGGCCCCCUACAGCAGUCCCUAUGCCCAUCGUACCAACUCUCCCAUUGGUUACUCUGAUAACUCGCCCGCCUGUCUGUCGAUGCUCUCAACCCAUGAAAACUGGUCCGGUCUGCAGUUGCCAACACACUCCAGCAUGAUGCCCAUGACCCACAAUUCCACUUCCGGUACCAACUCAAGUCAGUACACCAGCCUGUGGUCUGUGAGUAACCCGCCCCUGACCCCCGUGUCCCAGAGUGGGGGGAUGAACAACAGCCUGAGCUCGCAGUUCCUCCGUGGAUCCAGCAGCCACUACCCCGGCGUGUCUCACUCAGUCACAGUGCCCUCCUCUGGCUCUCCUAUGUACGACAACGGCCCAGCCACAGAGCUGCACGACACAGCUCAAUACGAUACCUCUCCACAUGGACGGCUACCUUCAGCCUGGACUCCUGUGACACCUCCGUCCCUCUGAUGAAGGUUUCAUUUGUCAUGAAGUGAUAUCUGCAGGAUGCUUGGUAGGCUUUAACUUUAAAGCAGGAAAUAAGUCUUUGUUCCCAAAUCAAUUGGCAAGAGACUGUUUUCAAUUUUGGGACACUUCAAUUAAUCCAUAAUUGGUAAGAGAGACUUUGAGUUCUUAAAGUAACCCUUUAAAAGUGAGCUGGCUUUUUGUUUAACAUAUAUUGUUUUCAUUUUUAUUUGUUUUCCCAGAAAUUUUGUUAUUGUUUUUGUUUGGCAUAGCCGGAACCACCAUCUUUUUAAAUCUUUGUGGACAAAAAUCAAUUUUUAAACUGCUUAUAUUAAGCAUAACUCCAUGAUAUUCACAGCAGAAAGCAUAAAGAUGAAAAUGUUGGAUGAUUUUUAACAUUGUUUAUAGUGUAAAUGAUUAAAAUAAUUGAGUUGUACAAUAUAACAGAUAACUUAUGCUCUCUGUAUCACAAUGACGCUGUUUGAGAUAUUAUGUUCCAGGUUAUUUUAAAAAUGAAAUGAAAAAGUGAUCAAUGUUAAUAUUCUGCUAUGCAGACGAUACACAACUUUGCAGAUCAUUAAAAA